AUGCAUGGAGUGGCUGGGACUAAACCAUUCCCCCUCCCUACGGUGGGAGGGGUGGCACACUCGGAUCACGGCUACCUCUGUCCAGGGUCUUCAGUCAACCUGGUGGAUGGCAUGGACAAGUUUGAGAUUGACUCACAUUCAGCUAAACCCUGGACAUUCUCCAAGCUAGACAACUCUAAUGUGCUCCAAUGGAGGGAGCUUGAAGCAAAAGGGAAAGUGAGAUUUAUCUUGAACUCAAUGAUGAAGAUGCUGCUCCUCUUUAGUUUUCUCUACAUGUUUGUGUGCUCCCUCGAUGUUCUCAGUGCAGCUUUUCAACUUGCUGGAGGCAAGGUGGCAGGUGAUAUUUUUAAGGACAAUGCUAUCCUGUCUAAUCCAGUGGCCGGACUUGUGGUGGGAAUCUUAGUCACCGUCUUGGUCCAAAGCUCAAGCACUUCAACGUCCAUCAUUGUCAGCAUGGUGUCAUCAGGAUUGCUGGGAGUGCAGUCUGCCAUUCCAAUUAUUAUGGGAUCUAAUAUUGGAACCUCUGUAACGAAUACCAUUGUAGCUCUAAUGCAAGCUGGGGACAGAAAUGAAUUCAAACGGGCAUUUGCAGGGGCCACUGUCCACGAUUGCUUCAAUUGGCUCUCUGUGCUGGUACUGCUGCCAAUCGAGGUUGCUAGCGGCUUCCUGUACCGGCUCACCAAGGUGGUGGUGGGGAGCUUCAAAAUCCAGACAGGGAAGGAUGCACCCAACCUUCUCGGUAUCAUUACCGAUCCAUUCACCAACCACAUUAUACAGCUGGAUAAAUCUGUAAUCACUGCCAUAGCAAUUGGAGAUGAAAGUUUUCGGAAUAAGAGUCUUGUGAAGAUAUGGUGCAUAACAAGAACUGUACAGGUGCAGGACAACAUCACAGUAGACGGUCUGGAUAAAUGUACAACACCGGAAAUGUGCUGGCAGGAUAGGAACUACACAUGGACCCUGGUCAACAGAACAUACAAAGAAAACAUCGAGAAAUGUAACCAUUUGUUUGUGAAUUCCACCAUGCCUGAUCUUGUAGUGGGGCUGAUCCUGCUGGCUGGCUCGCUGGUUGUCCUGUGCACUUGCCUGGUUCUAAUAGUCAAGCUACUGAAUUCCAUGCUGAGGGGGCAGGUCGCCAAUGCCAUCAAAAACGUUAUUAACACUGAUUUCCCAUACCCAUUUGGCUGGCUGGCAGGCUACCUUGCCAUGGUGGUAGGAGCUGGCAUUACCUUUGUUGUACAAAGCAGUUCUGUGUUUACUUCAGCCAUCACUCCGCUUAUUGGUAUUGGGGUGAUCAAUAUUGAACGUGCCUACCCAUUAACCUUGGGAUCCAAUAUUGGCACCACCACCACGGCAGUUUUGGCAGCUCUGGCCAGUCCAGGUGACAUGUUACCAAGCGCUUUCCAGAUUGCGCUGUCCCAUUUCUUUUUCAAUAUCGCUGGGAUAAUACUUUGGUACCCUAUUCCGAUCACCCGCUUCCCUAUCCGCAUGGCAAAAACUUUGGGUGAACGGACUGCCAAGUACCGCUGGUUUGCUGUUUUAUAUCUGAUCAUCUGCUUCCUUCUCCUCCCCUCGCUCAUCUUCGGCCUUUCCAUGGCGGGUUGGCAGGUUCUGAUUGGAGUGGGUGCCCCGUUUGUUGGCAUACUCAUCUUCAUUGGCAUCACCAAUGUCUUGCAGACACGUAGUCCCAAAUACCUGCCAAAGAAACUCCACUCGUGGGAUUUCCUCCCCAACUGGAUGCACUCCUUGAAGCCUAUGGACCGCAUCAUCACCAAUGCAGCCGUCUGCUGUACGGACCACUGCAUUUGUGCCGACAAGAGUGAUACGCGAGAGGGCACCAGCCAAACUGAGUUAUCUUCACAGAUGAAGGUGAAGGCAGUUUGUGACAACCCAGCCAUCGCCUACCUGGAGGAAAUUUCAGUUGGAGCCUCAUCGCCCAAACUAAAUAGAUUGCCUAUGCAAGAUAUCACACAGCUGUAA